GGUGGCCCUGGCCGGGGCGCAGCGGCCUCCGGACCGGCGCUUCGCCGCCCUGAAACGCUGCUCGGACGAGGAGUGCAGCAUGCUAAUGUAUCGAGGCAAAGCGCUGCAAGAUUUCACCGGCCCAGAUUGUCGCUUUGUAAAUUUUAAAGAAGGGGAAACAGUAUAUGUAUAUUACAGGCUAGUAGGAAGAUCACCUGAGCUUUGGGCUGGAAGUGUUGGCAAUAUGUUUGGGUAUUUUCCAAAGGAUUUCAUUGAAGUAAAUCAUGAAUAUUCUGACAAAGAGCUAGAGCUACCAACAGACGAGACAGAUUUCGUUUGUUUUGAUGGAGGAACAGAUGAUUUUGAUAACUAUAAUGUGGAAGAGAUUUUAAAACUCCCCAAAGAAACAGUAAGUAGCUUAGGAGAAUCAGAAUUGGACAGUUCCAAAAUGGGAGCUUCAGAGAAAACCCUUGAAGAAAAUGAGGAAGAGGAUGUUGAGGGGAUAGAUCCCGGAGAGCCUCUUGAAGUGUUUAAAGAUAAGAACUUGGAGCCUACUCCAGCCGAAGACAGCAAUGUUCUUGCCAAAGCAGAAGGAAAAGGCAGUUUACCUUCUGGAAACACUAAGAAUGUAGAGGAAGACCCAGUGACCCAGAGAGAUCGCUUCCUUGUAAAUAGUCACACUGACUAUCUUCAGGAAAACCAAGCUUCACUGGACCCCUCCGAAGAAAUGCUGCAAGAUAAAUUUAAGGUGCCAGAAAAUGAAAAUGCCAAAAAUAGCAAUGUUUCUCAGACCUCUCAAGAGAGGGAGGAGACUGAGACCAAUAAACUUUUGAAGCAGGAAAUGUCUGUGGAUAUCAAAACAAAAUUUGGCUCAACUGCAGAUGCGCUUGUUUCUGACGAUGAGACAACCAGACUUGUUACUUCAUUAGAAGAUGAUUUUGAGGAGGAAUCAGAUGUCGAUUAUCAUAAAGCCGAAGAGGAGGAAGAUCUGGAACCCUUUGAGGAGCUGCCAUUGCUCACUUUUGCAAAUAGAGAAAAGAAAAAGUUGGAGUCUGAGAAAUAUGCAACAAGCGAAAAGCUUUCUGAUUUGGAAUCAGAUGAAGAUGCUGCUAAAGAGUUAACCCAGCCUGGAGCAGGUGAAAGGAAGAAUGAUAAAAAUAUAUUGACAUCUUUGGGAGACACCAUCUUUUCUAUUGUCAGGGGAGGUGAAGAAAUAAGAGAUGACUCAGAUCUGGAUGGAACUGAUUCAGAGGAAGAAAAGGAUGAAGAUGAAGAAAUAGUACCAACCGGUAAAGAAAAGGCAGCAGCACUAAAAGGCCACAUUGGAGAACUAAAUGGAGAGGACACUCUUCUGAACAUAGAAGUGUCUGCAACAAAUAAUAACCAGGACCCAGAGGACAUUCUUGAAGAGGGCCCAGAAGAAUUGGAAAAAAUUCAGGGAUUUGAAGAGGAGCUGUCAGAAGAUGGAAUACGAUUCCCAAAUGAGGAACUAAAAGAGAAUCUUGUAAAUGACCCCUCUCAUGGAAAUUUUCCUAAAUCUACCUCAACAGUUGAGAAAAAGGGAACAAGUUUAAAAGCACGCAUUGAAGAUAAUCCAAAAGAUGCGCCCCUUGAAAUCGCCAGAGAAGGAGUGCUCCAAAGGGAAGAGUUCAGAGGACCGGAUUUGAAAAAUAGCUUAGGGAGUGAAUCACAACACAAAGCUCUGUGGAAGGCAAUAAAAGGGAAAAAAUUAGCCAAUGAGCAGCAAUCUCUAAAAGUCUCAACACUUUUAGGGGAUAACCUCCAAAGUGCGUCCAAAAGAGAUAUGGAAGGGGUAAUAGCACCUGAAAGUGAACUAGACCAGGGAGCAGUGGCAGUGGAGACCCAAAGAAAGGAACUUAGGCAGGCAGCUGUGCCCAAAACCCCAAAUCAAACGAACUUUUCUCCUAUGGGUCAAACCACUUUGCCAGGAGAGCAGGGAGAAAAAGAGGCCUCCAACCUGGCAAAAGAUCUUUCCCGACCUCCCAAAAGAGAAGUGACAGUAGAGUUCUAUGAGCAAUUAGAUGAAGAGGUUGAACACUCGGAGGAAAAAUUCAGCCAACAUGGGUUCAAAAAUGGAGGUGACAAAAUUCAAGGGAAUGCAGUGGAUGAAAGUCUCAUGAGUCACAAAUCACCAGAGAGCAUGCUCCAUGAGGACAAAGAGAUCUCUCAGGAAGAAGGAAGAACCAGGGAUCCUAAAGAGGAAGGUAGAGAUCAACCUCUUUACAGAGAAGAAGCAGAUAUCCAGGUAGAAGAGCCACAAUCUGAAGGUGAUGACUUUCACCUGUCUGAAGAACUAUUGGAGGAUGAAAAUGCUGCCAGCGCUAAAUUCUCUAAAGAGCCCCUUGCUGGGGACCAAGGUGGCAAGUUAAAUGUUGAUGUGCAAAUGCCCGAGGGAGCUAUUCUCGGUACUCUUAAUCCUGUUUUUAAAGAAGAAGCCAAAGAGGAGGUGAAUGUGACUUCAGAGCCUGAGAAAAAAGCUAGCUUGCAAGGUUCAAGUGAGGCUGGGCUCGAAGGACAGAAUGUUAAAAUGAGCAAGCCAGCUGGCAUGAAUAUGGCGAAAGAAGAGGGGAGUUAUCUUGAAAUCAGAGAAUCAGCUGGCCCCCCAGCUGCAGGUGAUACUCUAGCCAAGGAUAAAAUUCAGGUUCAGGGUGUUGAUGAAGGGACGUGGCCUCCUGGUGCUGAUUACCUCCAAACUGAGGAUUUGGAAUUGAAAAACAAAAGAGGCCUCAACCUCACAGAAGAAUCUGAGCCACGGGAUCCCUUCCAAGAAGAGACGGAAGUCUUGCAGAACUUCGCUGAUCAAGGAAGUGAAGAAGAGCAACACUCAGACUCUGCCGAGCUUGAUGAUACCCUGAUCCGGAAAAGAGCCAGGGAUCCAGAAUAUAGUGACACCGUGAAACAGCUGCCUCUAAUCAGGGGCUUCCUGGAUGAAAAGCGGAUAGAUAGGUUGAAAAAGUAUCUCAAGCCUCAGCAACUUUUCCAGCUGGAGUCCAUGUUUCAUGACAUGGAAUGGGAGCUGGAGCUGGUUCAGAGAGACAGCCUGGCCCAGGAUAUGGAAAAGGCACUGGAUGCAGUCUUUCACUCUUCUGAAUCAAACAUCCUGGAUGUUGUGGAGAAAAUGUUAGACUCAAGGGUAGUGGAAAACAAAGAACUGGGAAUGAAAAACCUACAGAUGUUUGAUGAAGAGACCGCCCUGCUCGAUGAUGUUCAGGACUUGAUCUAUUUCAUCAGAUACAAACACUCUUCAGGGAGUGAAAGUACCCCAUUGGCAUCUCCAGAGUCCCCAGAGGAAAGUCCUAAAAUACUUGUCACAGAAACAGAACACAACAGGCAGCGGGACUGGAGCCCAGCAGUAGCCGAAGAGAAUGAAGAGAAGUCCCCACCCCAGGAAGACAAGAGUCCAAAACAGGAAGACAAGAAGCCACCUCAAAAUGCAGGAGUUAGAAUUCCUGAAUUGAAAAUGCCUGAGGAGGAUCUAGGCAUCUUGGAUGAGACCGGCCAUUUAGAUGCAAGAGAAAUUGGAGAUUCCAGUGACUCAGAAGAUGGACUCUCAGACCAAACUUCCUCAGUGAAAAGUAUUGAUGAUUUAUCAGAAGGGAUAAUUACCACUGAAAAAGAUACUGCAGACUUGGAAGGGCAACUAGAAACACCUCCUGAAGUGUCACAGGUUUUUGCAGCUUUGGAGAGUGCAGUACUUGCAACUAAAGAAAAUAUGAAACCAUUUGCUGAAAUUCUGGUUGCCAAAUUGCCUGAUGAUAUUAGACCCGGACCCGAUUUCUUUGGAGUCCCCUGGGAGCCUGUAAUUAUUACAGUCUUAAUGGGGAUUGGUUCUUUUGUCAUUUUCUUCUGGAGAACUGCCCUUUCAGUAAAGAGUAGAGUUUAUCAAGUGACUGAAAAACAACUUGCUGAAAAGAUUAGAAAUCUCUUGCAAGAAAAGUCUGAAAUUUUAGGAAAGAUAUCUGAAUAUGAACAGAAGAUCAAAGAAGCAAAGAAAUCUGUUAAGGAGACUAAGAAGCAAAAUGUGAAUCUCUCUGAUGAAGCUGCUGGUCUUAAGGAUUCAAAUAAAGAGCUUGAAGAAACAAAUCAGAAGCUAAACGAUAAAAUGAAUAAUCUGCUUGCCAUGCUGGAAACAGAGAGAGAACAGAACCUGAAGAAGCAGGACAUAAUUUUGGAAAACCAGAAGACUUUAGAAAAAUUGCAAGAAGUUGUUACCAUGGAUUCUAUUGAACUUUCAGAGGUGCAAGUAGCUCUCAAUGAAGCCAAAAUGAGCGAAGAGAAGGUGAAAUCUGACCUUCGUCGUACGCAGGAAGAAAAUGCUAAACUCAAAGAAGCAAAGGAGAAGCUGCUCAAGGAGGCCGAAAGCUGGAGCGAGCAACACAGCGAACUCAGUGAACAACUCAAAUUAUAUCAGAAAUCUCAGAAGGAUAUAGAAGAAUCACUUGCCUUUAAGGAGAAUGAAAUUGAAGUUUUGAAGAAUUGCAUUAUGCACUUAAAGCAGCUUGAUCUUGGUCCCGAAUCAGAGGGUAAAACUGAUGACGAAGGAAGUGGAUGGGGUCAAGGGGAAGACUUGGCCAAUGGCGAGCUGCCAGAUACACGGAGUGAGAAGAUGAAGAGUCAGAUUAGACAGAUGAUGGAUGUCUCACGGGUAAAAAUGACUUUAACCGUCGUCAAAGAAGAUAGAGACCAUUUGCAAUCCAGACUGACUGACGAGGUGUCAGCUAGACACAAGCUGGAAGAGCAAAUAAAGAAGCUAGAAUGUGACUUCAAUGCUCUUCAGUCAGCCAAAGCUCAAAAGGAAAAUGAAUGCCAAACUUGGCAACAAAAAGUGGAAGUCCUUAAUGAACUGUACCAGGAGAAGGAGAGAGCACUGCAAAAGAGGCUGACUCAGGAAGAAUACGAGCGGCAAGAGAAGGAGCAGAAGCUGUCAGCUGCAGGAGAUAAAGCUGUCUCGGCCACGGAAGAGGUGAAAAUUUACAAGCAGAGAAUUCAAGAAAUGGAAGAGGAAUUUCAGAAAACAGAAAGAUCAUAUAAAAAUCAGAUUGCCAACCAUGAGAAGAAAGCCCAUGACAACUGGCUAACUGCCCGGGCGGCAGAGAGGGCUCUGGCGGAGGAGAAGCGGGAAGCAGCCAACCUGCGGCAGAAGUUAGUCGAAGUCAACCAAAAGAUUGCACUGCUUCAGAGGCCGGUGAUUGUCAAGCCGACCCCAGGACGACCUGAUCACCAGAUGGCUCCCCAGAGACGUCCCCUGAGUCGCGAUGGCUCUUUUGGCCCAUCUCCUGUGAGCAGCGGAGCUCCUUCGCCACCUCUGAUGAUGGAUCCGCCUGGGAGACCUCAUUCGGCCACUCAUAACCCAAGGGAUGCCCCAAGAGGUCCUGGGGAUGGCCCUCCGGGGCCUGGCUCUAGGAGACCACCGGAACCUUCUGGACGGACUUCUGCGCCUGACCUGGCUCACGGGCCCCGGACCUCUUCCCCGUCGGCAGCGGUGGACGGCACGAAAGUCCUCCCUAGCGAGUCCGAAGGCCCUCGCGUACCGGCUGCACCACCUUCUGCUGACCAGCCAGUAAACCCAGGCCCAAAAGGCCCAUCUUUCUCAGGAAUGCCGCGCAUGAUCUCACCUGGAGGACCACCACCACCCUUGCCUGUUCGAUUUGGACCUCCGCCUCCGCUCCGGGGCCAUUACGGGCCCUUGCCUCUUCACCCGCCUCUGCCUCUUCAUCCACCUCUGGGACCUGGCGGACCACCGCCCCCGGGCCUGAGAGAGUAUUUACCCGGCCUGCCGCCAGGAAUGAGGGACCGGCCUCCUGAUCCCAGAGAGUACAGACGUGGACCCCCUCCUUUCGGACCUGUAGGCCCACCUGGGCCCAGAGGAUACUUUCCACCCAGCUCCCGCUUACCACCUCCACCCCACAGCCCAAGGGACUAUCCCCCUCCACCCUUUGUGAGAGACUCACAGGCUUCGAGUUCGAGAGACAACCCGCCACCUCCCGCGAGUCCCGACGGGGCCCGGGACUCCGUGCAGGCCCCAGAACAGAGCCCAUAACUUCAACCUCUGGCCUUCAGCUCAGCGGAACGGACUCUAGGAUUAUUUCAUCUCCUGAAGGAUUUCAGUGACUUUGGAAUUUCAGAAAAUUAUUUUAAAUCUGUUUUCCUCUAACUCUACCAUUUUUUGCAGGAUCCCCUCCCUCCCCCAAGCCACCCUAGCAGUGUGAAUUGGUGAGCUGAACACCUUUUUGUCCUCUUAAUAAUUUGGGAUGGAAGAAAGUUUUUUUUGGGGGGGGGGGGGGUAACAGUGCACCAGGGCUGAAGACCGCUUCUACAAGCUGUAGUCUACUGCAGCUCUUUAAAUGUGCAAUACAAACGUACCUGUGUUUUCAGUUUUUAGUUAAUGUAGCUUAUGUAAUGGGUGACUGAUUUAAAGUGUCAUCAGAACAUUUCCUGUGGAAAUAUUUUUUUGUUAAGGAAACAGCUCUCCCCAUUGCCCCCCAUCACAUUUUAAUUAGCGUGCAGCUAGAGUAAACCAUUGGUUUACAGGACUGUGAGGAUACACUUAAUUUUUAAAAAAAUAAACCUGGUCCCAAAGACCAGAAGCACAAAUUAUACUGUAACUCUGGAAAAUUUUACUAAUAAAGACCGUAAAACUCUUUA